GAUUAUGAUCCUCUCAUAGAUUCGGGAAACAAGGGCAAACAAUUUAUUAUCGAGUUUCUUGUUAUCCCUAUCCAUGGAUUUUUUGAAUUUCCAACCAACUAUCUUAGGUAUGGUCUUGUCAUAUUCGAAAAAGAAUCUAUUGAUUAUGUAAAAGCGAAAAUUCAGUGGCACUUUCCAGAAGAGUUUAAAAAUGUUUCUUUUAAUAUUCGAGUAUCUGAUCCCAAGGCCAAAACAUAUAAAGACAUGAAAUUGCAAGAUAAA